AUGGAGAGACCUGACGGCAGCGCAGAGAACUCUGAAAAUGGACCUAACUGUGAAGAAUCGUCCAACACCACCUUCUCGUUUGACAUGCUCGACAUAAUCAUCACGGGCGGCAACACUGGUCGGUUGAAGUCGCAAGAGAAGGGGAAGAAACAUAUGACAGAGAAUACGACGGAGAAAUGGUCCUUUUAUCCGUCCGGAGAGCGCGUAGAAAAUUCAGGAAGAACAGAACGAACAGAGCCAGGAAGCUCUCGCCGUAAGAAGUGUACCAAGAGUGAUGAAGAUGCAGUUAAGUUCACGGAGGGGCUUCAUAAUUUAGGGAAGAAGGAAAAAAAAAGAAAAACGGUCUACCGUGUAAACUCAGAGGAAGACAUAAAAGACGGUUCGGAAUUCUCCCUUCUAGAUAAGUUGUUGCCUGUCGGGGGAACCCCUGGUUUGGCUUCAUCUAAAGAGGAGAUGCCAAUUCUGGACGAUCAGGUGAGCUGCCUAAGUAGUGACAAUAGCAGCAGGGAGGAACAUUACCACAUGGAUGGAAAAGGAGACAAGCAUAGUGAUACGAGUGAUAGGCAUGGAAAAUAUAUGAACGAACAGGACGUGGAUGCGCAGCUAGCCAGAAUAGAAUGGGCAGAUGAAGAAGUCAUCCUCGCAGGAAGCAUCCAUUGCACCAACUGCAAAUACUACUUAAAAGAAUUGACGAGCAGGAACUACAUGGACUUCUCCUACAUGGAUCAGUACAUCAGCGAGGGAGAGAGGAACCUACUUUUAUUGAAAAAUAAAAAAAUUGAGGAAUUGGAAAAUAGGAACAGAUCAAUGAAACACAAAAUAGGGAAGUUGGAGGAGGUGAACAAUUUUCUGAACAGCAAACUGGACACACUCGCCAGUAGCAUUGGAGAUUUAAGAGACCACAUUGACAAGCUAAUGGAAGAGAAUAAAUUGUUGAAGGAGGUGAAUAAACGGCUGCGCGUGGAUCUGCAGAAGGGACAAUCGUAUAAGGAGGAAGUGGAAAGGGCGAACAAGAAAGACACGAAUAGAAAAAAUCCAUCUUCUUCAUCCCAUGGAAGACGGGAACCCCUGGAAGAGAAUUUUGAGAACUCAAUCGAUAAUGAAUUAUUUAAGGAGCUUUGCUGA